AUGUCCGGUCCCAGCUGCUAUUUCUGCGAGAGCUUCCUGGCAGAGAGUCCUGGAUCUGCCAAGAGGGUCCUGGAUCUGCCAAGUGUCCGGUUUGUCCCGGGACGAGGAGGUGGACGUCUGCCCUCGCUCUCCUUCAUGUGGCCUCAGUCUGUAAUGACCACGGCCACUUUCCCACCGUGUGUUUAUGACCGGAGUCCUGCUUCUCCUCGUGUCCUGGGAGUUGCCGGCUUCAGGAGGAGCUUCCGUCUGAGCAGAAGAGACAAAAAGACUAACAAGACCAUGUAUGAGUGCAAGAAGAGCGAGCUCUACGACACUGCGGACGUUCCCACCUACGAGGAGGUCACAUGGUACUGCAGACCCCCAGGAGCUCGGCACAGACUGGUGAACUUUUACAAUGGGACCAGAACGACACCGAUCUGCUCCCGUGAGGUCUCAGUCACCGCAGUCACCUCGCUCACGCCUUCUCGGGUUCGGGAUCCGGUCCAAGUCCAUGAGACGAGUCCAAAAGUCCCGGCCCAGACCAGAGCCUCAGUCGCGGGUUCAGACUCAGACCUUUCAGGACCAUAG